AACAAAACCCCUUUAGUCAACGAGAGCCUGAGAAAGUUUUUAAAUACAAAAGACGGCCGGCUGGUGGCUAGUCUGGUGGCAGAAUUUCUUCAGUUCUUUAAUCUUGACUUCACCUUGGCCGUUUUCCAACCUGAAACUAGCGCAUUUCAAGGUCUUGAAGGUCGAGAGAAUUUAGCCCGGGACUUAGGUAUUAUUGAAGCGGAAGGUACUGUGGGUGGACCCUUGUUAUUGGAAGUGAUCAGACGCUGUCAGCAGAAAGAGAGAGGGCCCGCCUGUGCAGAGGGUGCGCUAGAUCUGGCUGAUCUACAUUCUCCACCAAAGUCACCAGACGGAAAACCGAGCUCACACACAGGUCCCAGCAAGAUACCAAGGUAUAAACGACAAGGUAAGAAGAAGACAAGCGGGCAGAAGUCUGGUGCCAAGGGCGGCAGUGAUGCUAGUCACAGCGAUACAAGCGUCUCCUCAUCAGAACCAAAGAGCAGAAGCAGUCUUCACCUCCUGGCCCAUGAAGCAAAAACCGGGUCUUUCUUAAACAAUCCCAGUCUAGACGCCCAGGACAGAGCUGGCCCCGGCCCACAAGACGACGUGGAUGAAGACUCUUUCUUUGAUGACCCCCUUCCCGAGCCCGAGAAAACCUACGGCUGGAGAAGUGACCCCGGGAAGCAAGGAGGAAGCCUUGCCUCACUCUCUGAUGCCCCAUCCUUGAGGAGCGGACUCGGCUCCCUCCCUGGAGCCCCCUUAUUGAAAGACUCCGAAAGUAAAAGGGGAAACGCGGUUUUGAAAGAUCUGAAAUUGGCGAACGAUAAAGCUGGAUCUCUGGGAUUAGGGACUGGAGAAGAUGAUGACUAUGUUGAUGAUUUUAACAGCACCAGCCAUCGCUCAGAGAAAAGCGAGCUAAGUAUUGGGGAGGAGAUCGAGGAGGACCUUUCUGUAGAUUUGGACGACGCCAACACCAGUGACAAGCUCGAGGACCUGACCCAGGACCUAACAGUGUCCCAGCUCAGUGACGUGGCAGAUUACCUGGAAGAUGUGGCGCACACCUGAGGGAAGCAGGUCGCCGUCAGGACAGAGGACUCCACCCAGCUCCAUUCAUUUUCAGUCACUGCUGGAAGCCAGCUCUCUGUUGGUGCCUGUGUUUCAAAAUGACUGCAGAUAUUUUUCAGAAUUAACUUUUCAUUAUACUAAACGAAAUACUUCCUGUCGGAGCCCAUGUCUGGAGGAUUUAUCGUCGUCUUCUGGUUGACCCGCGCAUCUCACUGCGGGAAUGAAUUGGCUCAGAUCAUGGCAGGGGGUAAACCCACUAAAACAGCAGUGCUGAGAGCACAGUGAAGGGUGUCAGUAAAGCUGCAGGCCCCGCAGCCCUGGGCAUGUGGCCUUGGCCUUCUAGAGUCCAGCAGGGUUGGUGCGGGCAGUGCUGCAGGGUGUGGCGGGACCGCAGCUUGGAGCCCAGCCCUAGGGGGGGGACGGGUGUCAGCUCCUCCUUGUGCUUCCUUCCAUUCGGAAGGUCUGUUAGACCGUUAAGGUUAUUAAAUAUUCUCGUGUGUGCUACUUAGUUUUGCUCGUUUUUAGAGAAACUUAGAGGCGGUUGUGGAUUUUAAUUGGUGCUGUUGUCACUGACAGCAUUGUGGUUGCUGCCUUUAGUCUCGGGUGCUCUGUGAGAGCGCUCAUUUAUCAUUUGUGACAAUGUGAAACGCCAAAUUCCAAAACCACCUGAAACCGUUGAGCAGUGCUUCCAUUUUGGACCUGAGGGCUCGUUAUGUUCAAUCCAGGCUACACUGGUACAGUAGUGAUGGCCUGAGACCAUCCGUAGCCAGGUGGACAAGCCUUCUGUGUGUACAUAGUUUCUUUGUAACCCUGUAAAGUGCACCAUGGGAGCAUUUCGAGCCGUCACUCGCGUUCACUGUGCCCAGCGAGCUGAUCACAGAGGUCACUGAUACUCAUGGUACUGAGCUGGACAGCUGGGAGCGACCAUGCCUGUCGGUGUAAUUACAAGAAAAGCUGUGACUGCGCGGUGAAUUGUGUACUUUUUUAUUUCAAUUAAAUGAUGGCUUUUUACUGAAAGUCACCUUUACUAAUAAAAGGAGUUCAUUAUCUCAGGAGGCAAGCAGACUUGGUGGUCUGUGUUGCCAGUUUUUCAUUUCAUGUUAGCCUCCGCGUUACAGAAAUACUUGCUGGGCCCUAUAGGUAAAGGGAGAUGAUACUGUAAGGACUAAGGUUGUAUAACAUUGGAAUCUGAAUCUGUAAAAUUUAAGUAAAACUGAGCCAUACACACAGAGAAAAUAGGACAGAAAGUGGGCUGGGCAGCCUCGCUGUGCUGUCCCACCCUUGUGUGGGGGCCAUGUUGUGGGUCUCAGCUGAGCUUUCCACGUUGUAUGUGCAUGAACUGUGCUGCAUGCAACGUGGCCUGUUGCUGACGCCCACAUGGUGUGUGCUCGUGGUUCGGUGUGUUUCCCUGAUACCAUCUCUGCACAGUUGCUCUCUGUAGAGCUUUAGUCUGUCUGCCCCCUGGAGUCUGUCAGGUGUAUGAUUUAUCUGUUAAUUGUCAGGAGCUAGAUCUCAGUGAAAUAGAGGACAGCAGGAGAUGGCUUUUAAUUUAUGGAAACUUUUGAACAGUAGUACCUGAAAUUUGUCAUUUUUCUGUUACCCAGAGAGUCUGACCUUUUGGUAAUAUUUGGGGGGAGUGGGGGCAAAAAUGCCCAGUGGAGCUUUCUCAUCAGCGCUGCAUACACCUGAAUUGUAAAUAAUACAAAGUUCAGCUGUGAAGAGUUUCAUUCCCAUGUGUGUGCUUUGAUUAGACAGGAUUUGAGCGUGAUUUGUGUUUUUUUGUUAAAUACAUAUUGAAAUAUUAACCCAUGAAAUACAUUUUUAUGGAAA